GCUAGUUCAUGGUAUUACAAGUAUCGAGUAUUUUGUUAACCUCAAGAUGUCGCAAGCACAUUUAGCGAAACCUCAGCUUCGUCAUCUUCAUCGUACACAUGCUACAAAGAGUUUACUGAUAAUGUCAGUAAUUUCUUUGACUGCUGGCUUCUUGUAUAAAGCAUUAGUUUCUGAUCCAGCUGCGAAGCGUGUUGAAGAUUUCUACAAAUCAUAUGAUCCAGAAGCAUCGUUAAAAAGGAUGAACGAUGCUGGACUCAUGCAGUCAUGUCCGACAGAUUAAAUUUCGUGCUGAUACAUAAAAGUUUAGUGUUAACAAUGGAUUUCAUCUACAAAGUCAUGUACAUACUUAAUAAAUAAAUCUAAUAGAAGAUUAUUGUUUCAAACAUAUA